AUGAAUAGUGCAUCAUACAACAUGGCAAGAUAUGGUCAAAGGCCUGAAAAUGCCCUUAAACGGGCAAAUGAGUUUAUGGACCUGGACAAACCGGCUCGAGCUUUAGAUACUUUGCAAGAAGUCUUCAGAAACAAAAAAUGGGCGUACAACUGGUCCGAGUCGGUGCUGGAGCCGAUUAUGUUCAAAUAUUUGGAACUUUGUGUGGAUCUACGCAAGUCCCACAUCGCAAAAGAGGGUCUGUUUCAAUACAGGAACAUGUUCCAGUCAGUCAAUGUUGGAUCUUUAGAGCAAGUUAUAAGAGGAUACCUACGGAUGGCAGAAGAGCGUACCGAAGCUGCAAGGCAGCAAUCCACACAAGCUGUCAUAGAGACAGAUGAUUUGGAUAAUCUUGCUACUCCUGAAAGUAUUCUGCUGAGUGCUGUGUCAGGUGAAGAUGCUCAGGAUAGAUCUGAUAGGACUAUUCUUACACCAUGGGUAAAAUUUUUAUGGGAGUCAUACUGCCAAUGUUUGGAGCUGCUAAGAACAAAUACCCAUGUGGAAACCCUCUAUCAUGACAUUGCCCGCAUGGCAUUCCAGUUUUGCUUGAAAUAUUCUCGUAAAACAGAAUUUAGGAAGCUGUGUGACAAAUUGAGAAAACAUCUUGAAGAUAUAUGGAAGUCCAAUGCUCAACCAGGAAGUGUUAGCAUGACAAAACCUGAGACUCAACAAUUGAAUCUCGAAACCAGACUGUUCCAACUGGAUAGUGCCAUUCAAAUGGAAUUGUGGCAGGAAGCCUACAAAGCUAUAGAAGACAUCCACAACCUCAUGAAUAUGUCGAAGAAAACACCAGUAGCUAAGACCAUGGCAAAUUAUUAUGGGAAGCUGGCUCUAGUCUUCUGGAAGGCAGGUCAUUGUCUGUUCCAUGCCGCUGCAUUAUUAAAGCACUUUCAAUUAUCAAGAGAGAUGAAAAAGAACAUUACUCAAGAGGAAUUGCAAAAAAUGGCUUGCCGAGUUCUAGUGGCUGUGCUAUCUGUGCCGCUGCCAUCCUUACAUCCAGAGUUUGAUCGGUUUGUAGAAACCGACAAGAGUCCAGUAGAGAAGGCGCAGAGAUUAGCGGUUUUGCUUGGCCUGGCUCAGCCGCCGACAAGAGCUAGCUUACUUAAAGAUGUUGUACGUUUGAACGUGGUGGCGCUGGCGUCGCCACAGCUGCAACAGCUGUACUCCUGGCUCGAGGUGGAGUUUGACCCGCUCUCUAUUUGCCAGAAUGUGCAAAGUGUUAUCAAGUCACUGCAAGAGGAAUCUAAUUCGUAUCUUACCCAGUACACUACGGCCCUAACUGACGUGGCUCUCGUCCGUCUUAUCCGUCAAGUCGCCCAAUGCUAUGCAUGCAUCGAAUUUUCUAGACUUCUUGAACUAGCCGCUACGGAUGAUUUGUUCCACAUUGAACGUCUCCUCGUGGACUGCGUGCGUCACAAUGAUAUGCAGAUACGUGUCGAUCAUGCUAAGAAAUGCGUACACUUCGGUGUAGAGGCUGGUGGCGGCGAGUGGUGCUCUGCGGCCGACGAAGCGUGUGGCGGAGCGAUCCUUCAAGCUACUCCGGCAGAGCAGGUCCGCGAGCAGCUAGUCCGUGCAGCGGAGGUGCUGUCGCGCGCAGCAGCGGCACUGUGCCCGGCGCGGCGGCGCACGGAGCGCGAGCGCGCGCGCCUCGCCAUGGUGCAGCACUACCACGAGAACAAGCAGGCGGAGCACCACCGUGUGCUGCAGCGGCACAAGAUCAUCGAGGAGCGCAAGGAGUACAUCGAGCGGUUGAACACCGUGCGCGAGGAGGAGGAGUUACGCCGUCAAGAAGAACAGUUGCGCGCUGCGGCGGCGGCGGAAGCCCGCAGGCAGGAGCAGGAGCGCGAGGAGCGGGAGAAGAAGCGCUACGCGUCCGAGCUGGCCGCCAUGAAGGAGCGGCACCUGCGCGAGCGCAUCGCUCACAUCUCGCAGACCAUGCACGGGAAGAAGGUCCUCCAAAAGCUGGACGAGGAGGAUUUGAAGAAGUUGGAUGCUGAAGCGAUUGCUCAACGCGAAGCUGAAGAACUAAUGAAAGAACGUCGUGAGUUGCAAGCUCGUUUGAAAUCUCAAGAGAAAAAGGUGGACUACUUUGAGCGCGCUAAGCGUAUAGAAGAGAUCCCAUUACUACAGAAGAGUCUGGAAGAAAAACAAGUUCAGGAUAAGGCAUUCUGGGAACAACAAGAGAAGGAGCGGAUCCAACAGCUUAUUGAGGCACGCGCACGCGACGUGGCGACAGAGUCCCGGCUGUCCCGCAUGGCGGCUCACCGUGACUUGUUCAUGGCGCGGCUGCGGUCGGAGCGCGGCGCGGCGCACACGCAGCGCCUGGCCGCCUUCCAGGCCAAGCUGGCGGCCGAGCGCGAGGCGCGCCUGGCUCAGCGCAAGCUGGCUCGCAUCGAGAAACGCCGCCAAGAAUGGUUGGCAGAGAAGCGUCGCGCCGAGGAGCGUGCGGCGGAGGAGGCGCGCCGCAUCGCGGAGGAGCAGGAAAAGAAGGAGCGGGAGGAGAAGGAGAGGAAGCACCAAGAGGAGCUUGCUGCUCUCAAGGAGAGAAAGGAAAAGGAACAACAAGAAAUGCUCGCACGUGCGGAGGCUAAGGGCCGCGCACUGGAGGCCGAACUCGCGCGCAAACACGACCCGCCCAAAGCCACCUCGACCAGCAGCAGCUGGCGUCAAGGCAAAGAACCGCCCAAGGAACCCGAGAAGAAGGACACUUGGAGGCCAAUUCGUUUACGCGAACCGUCACGGGAAGAACGUCCGCGUUCACCACCCGGUCGCGCUCCUCCACCAAGGGAUGAAAGCAGACGCGACGAGAAACCGCGCGAGGAGCGCAGCGCGCGGGACGAGCGCCCCGCAUUCCGGGACGAGCGCCCCGCCUACCGGGACGAGCGGCCGCGCGACGAGGGCGCCUGGCGCUCCGCCAACCGCGAGCCUGAUCGCGAGCGCGAGAGGGAGAGGCCACGUGGAUACGUGGGUCGUUCUAGUGGGCCAGAGUCCGGCAGCUGGAGACGUGGCCCCGCUGAACCACCACCAGCACCUACCGAACGUCUAUCAACCUGGCGCUCAAAGGACGCACCCCGCGAAGGGCGCCGCGACGAGCCGCGCGACGACCGACGCGACGACCGCUACGCGCCGCGCGACCGCGAGCGGGACGGCUACCGCGACCGCUACCCGCCGCGCCGGGACGACCGCGACCCGCCCAGGAGAGAUGACCGUGACGGUCCAAGGCGUGAUGAACGCGAUGCUCCACGGCGUGACGACCGUGAUGGCCCACGUCGUGAUGACCGUGAUGGCCCGCGUCGUGACGACCGUGAUGGACCGCGCCGUGAUGACCGCGAUGGACCGCGCCGUGACGACCGUGAUGGGCCGCGCCGUGAUGACCGCGAUGGACCCCGCCGUGAUGACCGUGAACGCCGUCCUCCACCACCGCGACGUGAAGAGAAACCUCGCAAUCCAGAAGACUGGCAGCAGGUUACCAAGCGC